AUGUCUGUUGGCAGGUCGCGCAGCGUGACUAAGUACCAAUUUGUUGAGUCUGUGGAAGAAGGCGAUAACGAUGAGGUGCUCGAAGACAAGUCUUCGAGAUUCGUGAAAAGACGCGCUAACCUAUAUGAUGCGAUAGCUGGACGUGUCAACCCUCGCGGAAUCCAAGCAUCCCAACCAGUUGCCUCUUACCACCGCGAUACAGCCUCUUCAGGCGCACGACCACUGCGGCCCGAGGAACUUCUCCUCCGCAACCAGAAUAAUUCGGCAGGACCUAUUGGUGAACAGGCUGAGAAGAUCUACUUUGCACACGAAGAUCUACCCGCUAAUCAGCCUCUCCCGAGUUCCGAGCUCCUCGAGACGAUUCAUGCUUAUGCGGCCGACUUUUAUGAAUACGCCACAGCAGACAACGGCCAAGAUGACCACAAGACCAUGGAUGAGACAGCGCUACUUGCAAUGGGAAUCCUGAUUGAAGAGAUGUCCAAAGAUGCACUGGGCGAGACGGGUGAUCUUGUCCUCGUCGAAGGACAGGAGCUAUUGGAAGAAGAGGAAGAGCAGUCCUGCGCUGAGAGUGACACUACAAACCAGUCUGCAGCACGAAUUGUGCGAAGGAAACGAGCCAGCAGUAAUACGCAAAAGAGGCCGAAGCGCCGCAAGUUGACUCGCUCCGCUUCUGCCACCACGGAUGUGGACACUACACUGAGGUUGAUGACCGACGAUGAGAUCCGUGGCAUGUGCAAAAUCUCACAUCAGGUCGCAUCCACGCAUGCACAAGAUCUCAUUCUGGCUCACCUGCGCGCCACUGGCACCUGUCACACGCUCAAGGAUCUAGAGAAGACACUACCCUCGGUGGCAUCGAUCAAUGGGAUCCAAGUCAAGGAGUACAUCCAGGCGCUAACAGACGAGAACCAAUUACGAGUCGAAAAGAUCGGCAGUGGGAACUGGUACUGGAGCUUCGCCAGUGACGAAAAGCAAGAACAAGAGAGCCAGUUGGCUCGGGUGAGCACGGAAGUGGAGAAAUCUCGGAAAUCCUGCACCGCGGCGACGGCGGCCCUGGCCGAUGAGACAGCCCGUCGUAAGGAGGAACUCGAAGACGAGGCAGAGCAGAAGUCCCUCAUGCUCCAGAAAGCCGGACUUCAGACGGCCGUGGAUCGGGUACGCACUACAGAAGCCCAACUCACCGGGACCCUGGACUCGCUCAGCGGCAAGGGUGUCAGGCAGAUCCAAGCAGAGCUAGCGGGGUUCCGACAGGAUGCACUGCAGUGGACGGAUAAUAUCUACGUGCUCGAGGAGUAUUUGCGCAAGUUAGUAGGCGGGGACAGACACAUGGUUGAGGCAGUGUUGCGAGACUGCUAUGGAGACGAAUACGUGGACGAGGAGGGUCUACGAGAACUAUGA